UAAUAACAACAGGGAGGCCCUCGUGUGCGCAUGCGCGCUCUUGCGUUCUCAGCGAUCUGUGAAUUCUUCGAACCUGCUUCGUGUUGAAUGUAGAAAUCACGUAAACAAUUAACGUUUCAAAUGAGUUCGUUUACUGCUACCAGGACGAAAAAAACCGCAGGUAUAACGCUACAAAAAUGCGCUGAUGUCAUGUAAGCUCUUCAUGUCGGACAUGUACACAAACAAAACCGACGCUGGGAUUUAAGGUGGCGCGAUCAGGGACUCUGGAGAGAUUUAAGACACCUUGAAGUGCGCAACAAAAACAAACGCGCCAUGACUGGACUCUGGAGUUUAAAAAAGGAGCACGUCUCAGAUUAAUUCAUUAAUCUUGCUACCAUGAAAGAGAAAGGGAGCGUUUAUUUACGAAGGCAGCACAUGGAAUACGACAGCGCGCUUCACCUUUCCAGCUGCCUUGACGACGCGGACAAGGGGACGGGAAGAGGAGGAAUCGUCUGGGUCAAUAGCGAUCCCGAAUAAUAAUAAUAAUAAUAAUAAUAAUAAUAAUAAUAAUAAUACUCGAUCGGUGCGGAUUAUAUGGGCAGGGAGAUGGAGACAGUCGGGAAAUUCGAGUUCAGCAGGAAGGACCUCAUAGGCCAUGGUGCAUUCGCGGUGGUGUUUAAAGGCAGGCAUCGAGAGAAACAUGACUGGGAGGUUGCUGUGAAAUGCAUCAAUAAAAAGAAUCUAGCAAAAUCACAAACUCUGCUGGGAAAAGAGAUCAAAAUUUUAAAGGAACUGAAGCAUGAAAACAUCGUUGCGUUACACGAUUUUCAGGAAACGGCGAGCUCUGUGUAUUUGGUGAUGGAGUACUGUAAUGGAGGAGACCUGGCCGACUAUUUGCACUCCAAGGGCACACUGAGCGAGGAUACCAUCCGUGUGUUCUUGCAGCAGAUAGCAGGAGCUAUGAGAGUGCUGCAGACCAAAGGCAUUAUCCAUAGAGACCUGAAACCACAGAACAUCCUGCUGUCCCACCCAGCCGGCCGCAAGUCCCACACCAACAACACCUGCAUCAAAAUAGCUGACUUUGGCUUUGCACGGCACCUUCAGAACAACAUGAUGGCCGCUACCCUCUGCGGCUCCCCCAUGUAUAUGGCUCCAGAGGUCAUCAUGUCACAGAGCUAUGAUGCCAAGGCUGACUUGUGGAGUAUAGGAACCAUUGUGUUUCAGUGCCUGACUGGGAAAGCCCCAUUUCAAGCCAGCAGUCCUCAGGACCUCCGCAUGUUUUAUGAGAAGAAUAAGAAUCUUAGCCCAAACAUUCCCAGAGAGACAUCCAGUCACCUGAGGCACUUGCUUCUCGGCCUGUUGCAGAGGAACCAUAAGGACCGCAUGGACUUUGACGAGUUUUUCAAGCACCCUUUCCUCGAGGCAAGCUCGACCAUAAAGAAGUCUGCACCAGUGACCCUGACCUGCUUUCCCAGCUCAGGAUCAGCAAGCUCAUGUAGCAGUUCUUCCACAUCUCACCUUGCUUCUCCUCCUCAGUCCCUCGGUGAGAUCCAGCAGAAUAGAGCCAAAGCACUGGCCUCCCCUACCCAGGAUUCUCCAGGCUUCUUGCUGAAGGAUUCAGCUGGUGGUGGAGGAAGCAGUAAGAACUCUUCCUGUGACACGGAUGACUUCGUCAUGGUUCCAGCUAACUUCCCCAGUGAGCUGACAUGUGAAAUGCCUUCAGGGAAAGUGCUUCAGGAUAGUCUUGUGUAUAGUGGGAGUUCUCUUCUCAAUUCUGGAAGUCAGGGCAAUCAGGCCAAGUCUCUUCCACGCUCGCCCUCUUACAGCAGCUCGGCGCCACCGGCAGGCAGGCCUCCUGAGCACUCUUCGAGCAACUGUAGUAACUAUGGACAGUCCCUACCCAUUCCAGUGCCCACACAGAUUCACAAUUAUCAGCGUAUAGAGCAAAACCUGCACUCUCCCAGCCAGGACACCUCCCCACGGUGCACUCCUGUGCGGCGCUGCAGCAGUGGAAGUCCUCUUGGUUGUGGGAGGAUAGGACCAUCUCCCCCUCAUCACUCAACCAUAACCACCCGCAGACUGUCUAUAGGAGGCAUCAAACCACUCCAGCUCUCCCCACAGGCUCUCCAGCCACCCGAUGCUAAGUCCAGAGCCAGGCAGCAUGGACUGGGCUCACGCCUCCACAGUGCCCCCUGCCUGCUGGAGGCCGCUGGCGGUUGCAGGCAGACAAUCAGGAAACAGCACUCGGACCCCGUGGUGGCCGCUCAUGAAGGCACGAUGGCCCUGAGGCCCCUACAUUCCUCGCCCCGACUCAGUGAACUGAUGCAGCGAAGUCCUUUACCCACCAUCCUAGGGUCGCCAUCAAGAGCCAUGUCCCCGUUUGAGUUCCCAAAGCCGCCCAGCUCGCCGAACAUGGUGACAUUUCUGACUCAGCAGGGUUUAGUUUUCCCUUCAUCUCCCAGCCGACCGUGCCAUGGAGAAUCAGGCGUGCCUGCCGCUUUCCAACCCGAGGACGCGAAGACUUUUGGGAGGUCUCAGAGCUCUGGUCGUUUGUCGGACAUGCUGUUAAUGGCGGCGUUCGGGGGACAGCUGGGAGACAGAGGCAGCACGGAGAACCUCUGUGCUGACAGAGCGAUUGACAUCGCAGCGCCACCUGGUACUGGUGGGACCAUGGUGGUGGGUUCAGGCAGUCCUGCACGGGUGGUGUUCACAGUGGGCUCGCCACCCAGCGGAGGGACGCCACCCCACACCUCUCGUUCCAGAAAAUUCUCAGCAUGCUCCUCGAGCUCCAUCAGUCCCGCGGGGUCCCUCACCAGCCGUUACCCCCAGACAGGCAUGUGUUUGGAUGGGUUCGAGGGCUCAUCCUGUCAACGUUACGGUCUCACCGACCCCAUUUCAGUCAACUUGGAGGGUGUUGUGAUGUUUGAGGCCCCUGAGCUCCCAGAAGAAACACUCAUGGAGCAGGAGCACACAGAGAUUCUCCAGCAGCUCCGGUUCACGCUGGAAUUCGCUCGCUGUAUGGUGGAGGUGGCAGCUUCCAGAGGUGAAGAGGCCGGGCGUGCCAGUCAGCCCACAACCUGCCUACACCAGCAAGAAAGCGUCGUGGCCGACCAGAUCAGCUCUCUGAGCCGCGAAUGGAGCCACUCUGAGCAGUUGGUGCUGUACAUGAAGACUGCAGAGCUCCUGUCCACUGCACUGCACACAGCCAUGGAGGGCAUCAAGCAGGGUAAACUGUAUCCCUCCACCACAGUCAAACAAGUUGUCAGGAGACUAAACGACGUGUACAAGUCGAGCGUGUCGUCAUGCCGCUCCCUCAGCGCACGUCUAGAGAGGUUCUUUUCCCGAAAGCAUCGGCUGAUGGACCACAUCAACACCAUCACUGCAGAAAGGCUCAUCUUUAGCCAUACUGUGCAGAUGGUGCAGGCUGCAGCUCUGGAUGAGAUGUUCCACCAAGGCGAGGCUUCAGUACAGCGCUACCACAAAGCCUUGUUGUUGAUGGAGGGUCUGUUACUGCUCCUCACUGAACAGGCCGACAUCCUGAGCGUCAGCAAGUGUAAGCAGUGUAUUGAGCGUCGUCUCACUGCGCUGAAGUCAGGCCUCUGUGUAUAGAGUGUUCCUUACAUUCCUUCCUUACAUUCCCUAAAUACACCUCCUUUCCAGCCCUCUCGCUGCUUCCUCUUUCUCAUCGCAGAAAAUGAAGACCGAGAGGACCGGCUUUGUGGUAGGGGUUUGUGUUAGUGAUGCCCGCAGUGUACGGAGAGACAUGAAGAGAGCGCGGUCCUGAAUCACAGUGUGUAUGAAUCAAAACUAAGCUGCAGGCAAUCACAUCAGACCCAACGCUGAGGCCCUGACGUUGUCGUGGAUAUCGUUUUUAAACCUAUAAGCUGCACUGUGUAAACAUUUUUUGCAUAGACAUAACACUAUGUCAGGAUCUGAGUUCCUUUAGUUCUGGGAUUGUGCAAUCACAGGUGAUAGAUAUUCAUCAGCAGCUGGAUUUAAUCAUACACUCUCAGAAAAAAAAAAUAGCGUAUUAAACUGUAUCUUUCUUACAACUCGGGUGCUGCCUUUUUUUAGUAGCUUUAGUAUGCACUUGCAUGUAAUUUAUCUUUAAAGCUGAAUUAUGGACAUUUAGGUAACUUGAAGGACAACUAUAGGUAAUGAAGGUACAAAGGAUGGAUCUUUGAGGGCACCACACCAACCCCACCACAUAUUUCUCAAAUUUCCCCACUCCAAAUUAAUCAACCCUACCACAUAUCACUGCACAACGACCCACAUUUCCGCAUACCACCCCAUAUCAACCUACCCCACCACAUAUUACCUAACCCCACGAUAUGCCCCACCCGAACACCUCAUUCUAUGAAAGACACAGUUUAAUACUCUAACUCGGAGUGUCAUUUCUGGUUAAGUAUGUUCCUAGCCACUUGAAAUCGAGCCAAAAAUUAAAAAAAAAAAGUUUAUAUCCUAAUGUCACACACGGAGAAUGAAGUAGACACUUUCCUAAUCAACUGUCACUUUAUUUAAUUUGACACGUUUCUUUAUCCCUUUUUUGCUUCAAAAAUAUCUUCACCGUAUAAACGUGACAGACGAACCAAGAAGGUAACUUGGAGCUGAAUUAAUAGUUGAGUAUGUUUAGAAUUUGAAGAUGAAUUCAUAUCUUGUGAUACGACACUUUACUCGGCAGUGAAGUGAAACUUCUUUUACAUUGUCUUCUUUACUUGAAAGAAAACUAGCAGUCCCUGUAUUCUUAGAGCUUUCAUUACCUGUAGUACAAGGUUUUUUUGUUGUUGUUUUUUUUUAACGGA